AUGGCGAGUAACUCGAUUCCCAACACACCACGUGUGAAACUUAAUGACAAUGUGUCUAUACCAAUUCUUGGUUACGGCACCGGCACGGCCUGGUACAAACAGGCCGGGGACGAUUCGGUCAAUCGCGAACUAGUGGAAGCAAUCAAGACCGCAAUUCGCCUUGGAUACCGUCACUUGGAUGGCGCCGAAGUCUAUGGCACCGAAGCUGAGCUGGGUGUAGCAAUUAAAGAGAGCGGAAUUCCACGCGAGGAACUCUUCGUCACAACGAAGGUGAUUACGAACAUUGCCGAUAUCCCAAGCGCCAUUGACCAGAGUUUGCGAAAGCUUCAACUGAAUUAUGUGGACUUAUACCUGAUCCAUUCACCUUUCUUCGCGAAGAGUGACGGCGAACUGCAACAGGCAUGGGCAGCCAUGGAAAAGGUCCAACAAGCUGGAAAGGCCAAAGCGAUCGGUGUAUCGAAUUACCACCAGUCCCACCUGGAGGCCACACUUAAAACUGCGGUUAUUGCACCCGUCAUCAACCAAAUCGAGCACCACCCCUAUCUGCAGCAGGAGGAGCUGCUCCGCUUUCAGCGGGAAAAAGAUAUCAAGAUAGCGAGCUAUGGUCCCUUGACUCCCAUUCUGCGUGCGCCUGGAGGACCAGUGGAUCCGAAGGUGUCUGAACUAGCUGCGAAGUACAAGGUCACCGAAGGGGAAGUUCUCCUGAGGUGGUCCAUCGACCGUGGAGAUGUGGCAGUCACCACGAGUAGCAAGGAAUCUCGACUACAGGAAUUCCUUCAAGUGCUUACAUUUCAGCUGACCCCGGAAGAGGUGAGAGAAAUAUCUCAGCUUGGCCAGGGGCGGCAUUACCGAGCCUUUUGGCGAAAGCAGCAUGGAGAGGAGUAA